UCCGCUCCUGUAGAUGGCAGCGAGACAAUUUUACUGAUUCACGACAGUCACCCCCGAAGCAGGAGAAACACGUGUAGCACAGUGUCAACAUGGGGAAGAGGAGGCAGACCAAGCAGCUUUUCACCAAUUUGUCCAAGAAACAGAAGAAACACUUGAAGGAGUUUGGAGAGGAGCAUCCAUUCCAUGAUGUAAUGAAUGAAAAACCUGAACGAACUGAAAUAGUGGAACUGCCAGCAAGCCCUUUGGCAUCUGACGCUGAGCACGAUGAGCUAGAAGAGGAGGAGGAGGAGGAACCAGAGCAGAGAACAGCCUACCAGAAACUUCUGUCAACUCUCAGCCAACAAGAUGAUAAUGACCAGAGUGAAGAGGAGGAAAGCUCUGAUCGUGAGGAGGAGGAAGAAGAGCUUCUUGGUGAAGACGACAGUGAUGGAGUUGGAGACGAGAGUGAAGAUGGUGGUGAAGAAGAGGGAGAGGAGGAAGUCGCAGAUGAAGUUCGGACUGAAGCCGUUGUCGGGGAGGAGGAAGAGGAGAAGGAUCAAGGAGACAAAGAAUUCGUAGAUAAGGAGCAUGAGUCCCAGUUCUGUCUGGAGAACAACUUCAUGGGCGAAGGAGGACAAGAGCCCACCGCAGAGAAGGAAGACAGCAAGAGUGAGAAAGACACGUUUUUACAGCAUUUAGCCACAGAGCUCAGUGAAGAAGAUGUGCAGAAGAUAACAUCUGGCAGUAAAGCAAAGACUCAGAUCACGUGGCCAAAAUUGGGCUCUCUACUCUGUACCAGUCCCCUGGAGAAGUUUGGACCCCUUGGCCCUCAGAAAGACACAAGCCUCCCAGCUUUCCACAAACUCUUGGAGUCCUCCUGGAAAGAUCUAAACCAGACGUCCAAUUCUAAGAAUGUGGCUGAAGAGAUCAGCCCUCUCCAGCUAGAACUGCUGGCCCUCAUGGGUUCCUACAAGGAUUUGUACUACCCAGAGACCUGUCAUCUGAAUAAGCACCCUCAGGUACGCAGUGCGUACUGUGUACAUGUGCUCAACCAUGUACUGAAGGCCAACUCCCAGGUCCUAGCUCACAAUGCUCAGUUAAGAGAGCAGACAACUCAGGUUAAACCUGGAGCUGAUCCACAGGACGAACCCAGAGACCAAGGUCUGACCCGGCCCAAGGUGCUGAUUCUCGUCCCGUUCCGAAGCGGAGCUCUGCGAGUCGUUCAGACUUUCAUCAGCCUGCUGGAAACAAAAGGCAAGAAGAUCGUGGUCAGCAAUAAGAAGAGGUUCAAAGAUGAGUUUGGGGAGGAGGCUGAUGAGCAGCCACCCAGAGUGCAGAGACCGGAUGAUUACCGCGCCAUCUUCUCAGGCAAUGUCGAUGAUCACUUCAGGAUAGGUGUCUCCAUUGUGAGGAGCAGUGUGCGACUAUACGCCCCCUUCUACUCAUCAGACAUCAUCAUUUCGUCUCCCCUGGGCCUGCGAACAGUGCUGGGAGCAGAAGGAGAAAGUCAGAGAGACUUCGACUUCCUCUCCUCCAUCGAGCUGCUGGUGAUGGACCAGGCAGAUGUCUUCCUCAUGCAGAACUGGGAGCACAUCCUGCAUGUGAUGAAGCACCUGAACCUGCAGCCGCUGGACUCCCAUGGCGUGGACUUCUCCAGGGUUAGAAUGUGGAGCCUGAACAACUGGUCCAAACACUACAGGCAGACGCUGGUGUUCAGCUCCAUCCAGGAGCCACAGAUCAACAACAUCCUGACCAAACACUGCGCAAACUACCGGGGACAGAUUGUCACUAAGAACAUGCCAAAAACAGGUUCCAUCUGUCAGGUGCUGGUUCAGCUGCCACAUGUGUUUCAAAUGUUCUCCUCCGACAGCUUCAUGGACCAUGAUGCUCGGUUUCAGUUCUUUUUAGAUAAUGUGCUGCCUCAGUACAGGGACUCGGUUAUGUCCCACACUCUGAUCUACAUCCCCUCUUACUUCGACUAUGUCCGACUGCGCAACUACAUGAAGAAAGAGGAGAUAAACUUUGCCAGCAUCUGCGAGUACUCCACCAAAUCAGAGGUGUCCCGAGCCAGGCACUUCUUCCAGAAAGGGGAGAGACAGUUUGUGCUCUUUACUGAACGCUUCCACUUCUACAAGAGGUACACUAUCAAAGGGAUCCACAACCUUAUAUUUUAUGGAUUGCCCUCCUUCCCCCAUUUCUACAGCGAGGUGUGUAACAUGCUGGAAGCGGAGGUUCAGGGAGAAGCAGCCAGCUGGACGUGCACUGCCCUCUACUCGCGUUACGAUGCCCACAAACUGGCUGCCAUCUGCGGAGCGCAGCGAGCCGGACAGAUGCUGCACUCCAGCAAGACUGUCCACCUCUUCGUUACAGGAGGGGAAGAUAAAGCCUCCUGAUGGAGCUCCACAGAUAAAACAGGGACCACCAAGCUAAAACCAUAGCACAUAUCGACUGUUCAUGUUAAAUCUCAUCAGGUCUAUACCAUUACAUUGCCACCCCCAUGUUACUGAAUGACAGGUAUGAACACGGCCUGGGUUGACUGUGGAUCAGGUGUUGACUUCAGGUCUGUGUCAGAGGUUUGCUGUACGAUGCAUAACUGGAUCAGUCCCUGAAAAGACUUCCUCUUCUUCUUUUGACAUGAACUCUAACACACAUGAGGGAAAAACAACACUUUUAUUGACUUUGUUUUAUGUCUUCCAGCUGGAAACGGUCCAGAAUCAUAAAAUUACAAAGUGACAAGAUCAUAAAACACUGGUUUGUAAAUUAGUUUGUGGGUGAUCACUGUGAUAAAUUGUGAUAAGCACCCUU